CGCUCUUCCUCUGCACAGGUUUUGAUAAAUCUCCCCCACUGUGUGUAGCACAGCAUUGAUCAGUGCUAUGGGCACUCCAUUAGUGAAGCCUGUUAAAGGGACAAUUGUAAGGGAAGGAGGCAGGGAGAAGAUAUGAACAAUAUUAAUGUUCCAAAGAUAGAUUGGAGCGGUGAUGAGCAGUAUAAGGAAAACAUUCCUACAGGGAAAGAUCAGAUCAAUAUUAAUGCUACAGACAUAAAAGAAGAAGAGAAGGAUGUGAGCGGUGAUGAUCAGUAUAAAGAGAUCAUUCCUGCAGGGAAAGAUCUGAUCUAUAUUAACGCUGCAGACAUAAAGAAAAAAGAGAAAGAUGUGAGAAAAGAUCCAAUCUAUAUUGAUGCUGCAGACAUAAAGGAAGAAGAAGAGGAGACAGAUGUGAGCGGUGAUGAGCAGUAUAAGGAGGACAUUCCUACAGGUAACCGUCCAGAUGACUUUACCAGGAGAUCAGAGGAGAAUCUUAUAUCUUCAGAUUAUAAAGCAGAUGAUGAUAUCACACAAGAUACAUAUGAAGAACAUUCCAUUAUCCCAGAUACACCCUCAGCCCUUCACAGCCAAGAUCUGUCAUCUCAUCCUGUUAUACAAGUCCGACCUAAAGAUUCAUCUCAGUCUGUUAACCAAAAUAAGGAAAAGCGAUUUUCAUGUCCAGAAUGUGGGAAAUGUUUUCUUAGGAAAUCAAGUAUUGUUAGCCAUCAAAGAAUUCACAUUGGUGAGAACCCAUUUUCCUGUUCAGAAUGUGGGAAAUGUUUUACUCAGAAAUCAAAUAUUAUUAAGCAUCAAAGAAUUCACACAGGAGAGAAACCAUUUUCCUGUUCAGAAUGUGGAAAAUGUUUUAGUCAAAAUUCAAGUCUUCUUAUACAUCAAAGAAUUCACACAGGAUAUAAGCCAUUUUUAUGUUCAGAAUGUGGAAAAUGUUUUAGUCUGAAUGGAACUCUAGUUGAACAUCAAAGAAUUCACACAGGUAAGAAGCCAUUUUCAUGUUCAGAAUGUGGGAAGUGUUUUACUCAGAAAACAGAUCUUGUUAAACAUCAAAGAAUUCACACAGGUGAGAAGCCAUUUUCAUGUUCAGAAUGUGGGAAGUGUUUUACUCUGAAAACAGAUCUUGUUAAACAUCAAAGAAUUCACACAGGAGAGAAGCCAUUUUCAUGUUCAGAAUGUGGAAAAUGUUUUAGUCAGAAGGGAACUCUAGUUGAACAUCAAAGAAUUCACACAGGUGAGAAGCCAUUUCCUUGUUCAGAAUGUGGGAAAUGUUUUUCUGUGAAAUCAAAUCUUAUCAAACAUCAAAGAAUUCACACAGGUGAGAAGCCAUUUCCUUGUUCAGAAUGUGGGAAAUGUUUUUCUGUGAAAUCACAUCUUAUCAAACAUCUAAGAACUCACACAGGAGAGAAGCCAAUUCAGAGUAAUAAAUGAUGCAGAUAACACAUCUAUAUAUUAACCAUGUACAUAGGAUAUCUGACAUUUAUACAUAUAUCAUAUACUGCAUCUCCAAACUUGUUCCCAAUUGUUAAUAAAAGUUUUC